AUGUGGCUGCAUGGGCACUUGCAGCAAGGGCUGCUGCCUGAGCGGCCGCAAUCAGGAGGUUCAGGGCGUCCUGGCAGAUCCGAGUGGCAGAAAGCUCUUGCUGAUUUACGUUCACUUCACGUUCCACUUACUGUUGCCAAGUAUGGCUCGGCCCUGAUUGCUUGCAAGCGCGGCCUGCAAUGGGAACACGCGCUAUCCUUGUUGCGCUGGAUGGAGGAGGAUGCGGUGGCCAAGAACGAAUUCAUAUUUACCCAUGCAAUUCUGGUGUGCAUGCAAUGUGGGCAUGCGACUGCGGUGCUGAAGCUUUUGGGGGAUAUGCCGGUGGCCUCCGUUCCUCCGAACAAUGUCGUCUGCGCACAAGUCAUCAGCCAAUGUCACAGAGAGCACAACUGGCAUCUGUCAAUGCAAAUCUUCUCCAAGAUGAUGCGUUCCUCUGCAAGACCGGAUGUCAUCACCUUCACUUCAACCAUCAAUGCAUGUGAGAAGGGCCAGCAAUGGGAAGCGGCCCUCCAGCUUUUCAACACAAUGCGUGGCAUGGCCAGCAUCCCCAACGAACUCACCUGCUCGGCCGUGGUACAGUCCCUGAAGCCGAGAGCAAGCGCGGCUGCUGGUGCAGGUACUUGGCGUCUCCUGCCGAGCCUCUUGCACGAAAUUCGCUGCCUGGGUGUGCAGCGAGAUGUGGUUUUCUCUAAUUCAGUAAACGGUGCGGUAGAGGAGGCCUCGGAGUGGAGAACGGCAUUGGUUGGUGUGCAGAGCAUGUUGUCGUCGAAGCUCGAGCUGGAUGCAGCAAGCUCCAGUGUGGUGAUCAAAGCCUUCGGAAGCCCUGGCUUGUGGCAGCGCGGUCUUUUCGUCCUGGGCGCCAUGCCCAUAAACUCCAUUGCAAUCAACACCGCGAUAGGCAUCUGCUCGGGGAUUUGGCAGCAAGCUCUGUGGCUUUGCAGUGAACAUCUGUCGAACGCGGCAACCUACACUGCCGCGAUUUCUGCAUGUCGGCAUGGAGGAAAGUGGGAAGUGGCCUUGAGCUUAUUGCAGCAGAUGCAGUGUCGGGGCCUUUCACCAGGAACCGUGACGGUCACGGCCGCCAUCACGUGCUGCGAAGCGUCGCGGCAAUGGCAGCAAGCAGUGGGUCUUCUGAGCCUGAUGCUCCGAAGACUGCUGGAGGUUGAUGCCAUCGCAUACCGCUGCACGAUAGGCUCUUGCGAUGUUCACUGGCAACAUGCACUUGCUAUUCUGAUGGUAUCGUGGCAGGCACGGGUUUACGACACUGAGUCAUUCACAAGGGUGUUGUGGUGCUUCGAAGCUGUUGGCUGUUGGCAGUCGGCGCAAGCGCUGUUGCACAACAAGCCGGAGAGUCUUGUGCCAGAUGAAUCAAGCUAUCUGUCAGUGAUUCGCAGCUGCGGCAAUAGUGGCGAAAUCGCUGCAGGUUUUGAGGUUCUGCAUGAUUUUGUGCACAGUGGCAUCGUUCACGGUGUUGCGUUCCUUCCCUGCGCAAUGUCUGCCCUCUUCAUCAAUGAUCCAGACUUGAUCCGCGCCACUUUUGCAGAGACUUGGCAGAGACUGAGAAAGGAAACGUGGUCGCCUUGCGAUUUGAUCACUCUCUGGUCUGCUUUGGGCUCGAUGGGUGCCAGAAACGCCGCCUUUGAAAAUGCUAUUCUUGCCGAAGCUUUGCCUAGUUUGUGUGCAUAUGACUGGGAUGAACUGAUGGAGCUCUCAUGGGGUGCUGCUGCAUGCGGCAUGGCCAGCGACUUCUUUGAUCCCCUACAAGAAGAAGUGUUGAGUCGUUUCGGCGUUGUCGCGGAUCCUCCUGCUCAGUGCAUACUUGGACUGAUUUCGGCCUGUCACGCUGCUGGAUCGCUCCGUGCCAGCUUCAACAUGGCUGCAUCGCAGCUACUGGAAAGACGUGGCAAAGAUUUGGAUGGACAAAGCACGAAGCACGUGGCUGCAGAAGCCCUCCCUUCUCCUGCAAGGUGGCUUCACAGGUCCCCUGCCAAAGGGUCGGAGCCGACCGUCGUGCUUCAGCGCUUGGACAUGGCUAUCCUCAUGAAGCCAGCAGGAUGGGAGGUCUUCGGUGACCAAAGCGAGAGGCAGCUUUCAGCUUGGAUCCAAGCCCGAUUCGGGUUGCAGCAGUCGAUUUUGCGAGAUUCAUCCUUCCAAUUUGGUUUCCUGCAUCGGCUGGACGUUCCAAGUUCGGGACUUGUGUGUGUAGCCACCACCUAUGCCAAGUAUUAUGCAUUGGAGCUGCAGCUCCGCACAGGCCUGCUCAAUCGCGACUAUUUCCUCGUGUCGUACGGCUGGUGGCCAUUGUCACUGCUUGAGAUACGGGCCAGUUUGCACUGGGGACUACACACGCUUUCCAUCGCGGGCGGAAGAGGAAAGCCCAGUGCCAGCUUGGUCAAGGUUCUUGCGCAUGCAGAACGAAGAGCGCAAAGUGCACAUAGUCUUUUGGCAGUCCGCAUUGUCACUGGCAGACGGCACCAGAUACGGAGUCACCUCGCGCACGUGGGUCAUCCUGUGGUCUCGGAUGGUCAAUAUGCAGCUACUGCCAUGCGGAGCACCAGCGACUACCGGAACAAUAGACACUUCUUGCAUCGCUACCGCCUGGAAUUUCUUGCAGAUGGCUCGGGGGGGCUGUCGGUGCUGGAGCCAUUAAGCCCGGAUCUGCUCAAGUACCUUAAGAUGCUGCGUGGCAAAGACGCCAGGUCGUCAGAGCUCUUGCAAGCUUGGAUGCAUGGAGACCUUGGCGAUGCUAUCGAUUGGCAGCAGCUCAGCUCCCUCAGCAGUGAGGAUUGUACGCACGUGAGCUGA